CUAUGGCCGCAGCGGCGCGGAAAUCAGAUGUUUCCAAACAUGGAAAAGAUCAAGUCCGUCGAAAGCGUGACGAUAAAAAACCAGCGGAGAGUUCAAAAUAUUACGUGAUAAGCAGUGAGUCGGUUGCAAUAACAGGAGAGAGUAUAGGCAUAUCAGAACUAAAUAGUGAUGUUACAAAAGCCCUAAGCGAAGAUGUUUCUUACAGACUUAGGGAGGUUAUUUUUAAUUGCAACGUCCUGCUGCGACAGUGCAAGAGCAAGAAGCUGACGACGGACGUGGUCGAUGCAGUCUUCAACACGUGUGGCGUCCCGCCGGUGUACGGGCACUCCGCGGUCGAGCCCCUGGGUUUCAACAACACCGUCCUGCCGAACCUGCUCGUCCUGGACGACGCUGAGAUCGACUUGCCCCUGUUUGCGUCCAGCGUGGAGCAGUACGUCCAACCGCCCGACAUUUCCUUACACGGCGAGUGGGUGCACCCGGACAGCGGCGGCUCGGAGGGCCUCGCCGCCAGUCCCCCGGCCGUCAAGAAGGAGGAGCCUGCCGCGGGCGGGGAGAAGGCGGCGAGGAAGGAGGACGCCCCCGCCAGCAGCUCGGAGAAGCCGGCGGCCGGCAGCAUGCACGUGCCCUCCUUCCUGGUCACCUACUUCCGGCACUUCGCCAAGGUCAUCCUCUCCGAGUCCGACCGGCUGCUGCAGGUGGUGCUAGAGGACCUGAGGAGAAACGUGAAGCUCGGGUUGGUAGUGCCUUGUUUCCUGAACUUGGUUGCAUUCAGCCUGCAGAAACUGCCCCGCGGCACGCCAGUGUGUCUGAGGCUGCUCAGCAUCGUCGAAGCCAUCACCUGCAACAAGCACAUUCAGCCGGAGGGCUCCAUUUCCGUAUCCAGACUGAUAUCCGUGCUUCUGCUGUGUGCUGUCAAUGUGCAGUCACAGAAUCUGGAUGACUUCACCUUCAGGAGGAAAGCAGGUCAUAUGCUGGCUAAGGUGGUGAGCGCGUGGUGCCGCUCGGAGACCAAGCUGUACCUGGACAUCCUCCAGAAGCUCGGCAUGGUCCUGACCAGCGGCGGCAGCUCGCUGAGGAGCCACUACGGGGCGCUGGUGACCCUAUACGCGCUGGGACCAGACGCCCUGGACCAGUGCUUGUGGCCGCACCUGGGCAAGUACCUGGCCGUCCUGGAGCCCCAGGUGAAGACCGCCACCUGGGAGACCCUGCAGGUGCAGAGGGCCCUCCUGAUGGCGGCCGAGCUGUUCUGCUACCAGGAGUGGCGUCGGCACGGCGGGGCGGGCAGGGGCGCGCUGCACCAGCUGCUGUCCGAGCACUUCGGGGACGUCCUGUGCGUGGCCCAGGCACACGGGCGCCCCCGCAAGGAGUCCGGGGAGAGCCGGGCGCCCGCGACGCCCCCCGCGUCCUCGCUGGCCAAGCAGCCCGCCACCAACGCCUUCGAGCUGGACUACCUGCACUGGACGGCCAUCGCGCCCAUGCCCAGCGGCCUGGCGGCGCUGCUCCGAGCCGGGGGCCCCUGCGUCACGCCCCGGAGGAGGAGGCCCUCGACGGCCCGGCGCCUGACCGCCGACGCCGCGUUCGACCCCCCGCCCCCGCGGCUGGGGCGAGAGCGCAGGGCCAUCGGCUUCUCGUUCGCGGGCUGCGGGCCCGUUCCCCCGCGGGAGCUGAGGAGGAGGGGCCCGGGCCCCUCGCAGGCGCGCUUCGAGCGGCCCAGCGCCUACCACGAGUGCAGCCGCCGCCUGCGCUGCGUGGGCCAGCUGGCGGGCAGGCCGCGAGGCCGCCUGGCCUCGGUGCGCGUGCCUCACAUCCUGGACGUCAUCUGACUGCUUCACAGCUGCGUCCUUGUGUUCGUUAACUCAUCAACUCGGUUUCUCAUGGGGGGAAACACAACUCCGAUAAAAACUCUUACUGCUUUUCUAUGACGUUGAAGACUGUACGUACAUUUUCUUUUUUGUUUAAUGAUUUUCUUAUGAUUUACAGUGAAACUUUAAGACUAUGCUAAACCGUUCAUACAUAUACUUAUUAUGUGAUGAAUAAAUUUAAAAAAAAAUAUAUACAAUAAAAACUUUUAAAAAUACAUAUGUUGUUUUUACAGUGCCAUUUUCUUUGCGGAGAUAUUUGUGUUCAUUACAUUAUCAGCUCGGUUUCUAAUGGGAGGAAACUCUUACUGCGAAACAAUUACACAUUUGCUUUUCUAUGACGUUGAAGACUGUACAUACAUUUUUUUUUUUUUUUUUUUUAAUGAUAUUCUUAUGUUUUACAGUGAAACUUUAAAGACUAU